AUGCUAACACUAUGGAAAGCGUUCCGUGACCGAGCCACAGGCAGGAACUACAACCGUGAUCAACCUGCCGAAGGUGCCGGCCAAGAUCAUCCCACUCGUGAACGUGGCGCCCGUCGAGGUGGUCGUGGCCCAAGAGGCGCUCGUCGAGGUGGCGAGUUCGGUGACCGACAAAGUCGGACCGGUCAAGUCGAACAUGGUUGGGGCGAAAAUACCGGUGAAGGUGAAUGGGCCGACGAGAAGGCUGGUGAAGUCAUUGCCAAGGAAGAAGAAAAGGAGGGAUGGAACCAGAAUGCAGAGCCUGCCACCGAAGGCGCUGAAGCCGGAGCUGACGGAGAAGGCGAGCCAGAGAACACUGGCAAGUCUUAUGCCGAAUACUUGGCAGAGCAAGCCGCGAAGAAAUUGGAAGGACUUGGUCUGAAGGAAGCCCGAGCCCCCAAUGAGGGUGCAAAGGAAGACAAGAAAUGGAAGGCAGCCAAGGAGUUGACCAAGGACGAGACCGAGGACUACUUCAAGGGCGAAGAGAGAGUCAAGGCUCAGCGAGAACGUGCGAGCAAGAAGCAGGUCCUGGACAUCGACUACAGCUUCAAGGAGCCGCCACGUGAAACUCGUGGUCGUGGAGGCCGUGGAGGUGUACGAGGCCGAGGUGACCGUCCUGACCGUCCCGAACGUGGCGAUUUCGGCGGACGAGGCCGGGGUGACCGUCCUGACCGUCCUGACCGUGGCGAUUUCCGCGGACGAGGUCGUGGCGGCCGUGGUCGUGGCCGCGGCGGUGACGGUCCCGUCGUCCCUGUCCACGACGAGAGCGCUUUUCCCAGCCUGGGUGGAAAGUAA